AUUUUCACCAUAGAGAGGAGACCGAGUCCAGUACAUAGACGAGGCUUUCUCGUCUUCUUCCCAUCUCCUCCUCCUGUCCUCUCCCCCCAGCGAGAGAAACUCAACCCUAGCAUCUCCGCCGCCUCCGCAGACUCCGGCGAACCGCUCGCAGGGCCGGCCCGAUACCGCGGGAGCUCUACUGAAUCGAUUCCGUUGCGAAUCUGAGGCGAGAGCGUUGAGAAGGGGGAGGAGUUAGUGGGUGAUUUUACUGAUUUGGGAAGGGCGGAGGAGGAUGGGUUCGUCGUCGAAGGUGGUCCGGCCGGAGGAGGUGCUGGACUCGCUCAAGAACGACGGCACCGUCGACGCGCUCCGCAAGAAGAUCAUCGCCCAGCUCAAGGCCAACGAGGAUAUGAAGAAAAAUACUAUGAUGAUGGUGGAGCAAAGCAAAGUUCUGAAGACACCUGGAGCUGAGAAAAAGACCAAAAGGGAGCUGUUUGAUGCGCUUCGACAGGAACUGGAAACUCCAGUCCUUGAGAAAGCUUCAAAGGCGGUUUGGGAGCUGAUACUUGACAAUGCUGGACUAGGGAAAGAGAUCAACGAGACAGUUGAGAAAGUCUACUGCCGGCUCAGCGGAAUUGACUCAAUGCCACCCCCGGCUUCAACAUCCAGUGCUCGUCAAGAGAAACGAACAAACAUGGCUAUAGAGGAGGGUGAGGAGAGCAAGGAGAUGGAUGCCUCCGAACCAUCAUCGUCCUCAAGGAAGAGGUCGUUCACAGGCGCUAUGCAAAAUGGAGGUGCUAUAUACCAGCAUGAAGAGCACGAGGACGGCAAUUAGGAGAUGCGAUGCUGUUCUUCCCUUCAUUGUGAUUUUCAGUUCUUGAAGGCUAAUUUAGCUGGUGUGUUUUCAUGGCCGGAAUUGCUGAGUUCUUGGAUCUCGAUAUAGCUCACGCUGUAGGGUUGUGAUAUGUGCUUUCGUGGCUUCUUUGUUUAUACUCAUGCAAGUGGCUGCUAUAGGAGGUUUCAACUUUAGAGGGGUGGCGCUAACUGUAUGUCCUUCUGAAUGUAGAACAGACAGGCUGACUACUUGCUCAGAAUAAACCGGUCUCUUGGAUGGUAAUACAAAAAUAUGUUGAGUUGGUAUUUACA